AUGCCAAAAGAAAUUCUAGUCAGUAAUAUACCUUAUGAAGCUAAUGCUAUUAAUGUGACUGGCGCAUUGGAAACUUUCAUUAAAGGAAAAAUUAUUAGGUGUGAAUUAACAAAAAACAAGCUUAACAAUAAUCCUUUUCAUAUCAAUGGAGGUUUGGCUUUCGUCACACUCGAUGACGACGACGCAGAUGACCUGAUGAGUAGGGCUGAUUAUAAUCCCCCAUUUUGCAUGAAUAGACCAUUAAAUAUACAAGAAAAUAAGAGAGGAAGAAGACGACGUAACAUUGACCCCUUGAUAAAUGCAAAUGAACCAACUUUUCCGGUUUCAAAUAUCGAGCUUGGAAAUUGGGCAGGUCAAUUACCAAUAGUUGAUUAUAAAAGGCGUGGAAAACGUCCACUGCAAACGCAAAGAUGGAAAUUCUUAUGUGAUUGGCGAUACCCUGAUUAUUAUAUUGAACCCAAAAUAUGCAUAUCAAAAGAAUCUGAUGCAAUUUUUAUAGACGGUUUUGCUUUAUUAUCUGAUCUUAAAAAUGAAAAAAGAAUUAAAAUACCACUCCGUUGGCUAUCAGAUUCCCGUCGGGGAAUCCUUCUUGAUGUACGAGAGCUUGAAAAUGGUUUCAUUUCCUUAUAUAUUUCACUUAAAUGUUCCCCAAUACUUUUACGUAAAACCAAUAAGUAUGCUCAAAGAAGUACAAAUACUAGAUUACUUUAUCAUAGUUUUAACGAAGAGGAAUGGGUUAGAACCUAUGAUUGGACGGGUAUUGUUAAUGCAUUUGGAAAAUUUUUAGUUUAUAGAUUGAUUAUUAACGAAAAUCUCGAGGAAAUUCAAAAAUAUUUAAAUAAUAUGUCAAUUCCUGGUAUUCAACCUCGUAUUCCAAAAUGUUUUGUUUCAUGUGAGCAAAUAUCAAAGGAUUCAGAAUUUUAUCUUAAAGGAACUUUUGAACUUUUACCAUUUAGAAUUGGUUUUAAAUUAGAAUCUUUAAUUUCACAUGAUACAAUUACAAUACAUGAAAUUAUGGAAUAUAGAAUUGGUGAAAAAUUAAUUGAACUUAUUUGUGAAGAAAAGGAAACUAUUGCUUGGUAUGCACUUAAUCAAAUGACAAUUCAACAUUGGGAUCCAGGUGAUGAUAGAUACAAUAGACGACCAGUUGAAAUCUUUGAAAUUGCAUUAAGAAGUUUUCGAGGUGAAUACGAUGAAUGGCACCCAGCUAACCCAAACAUUAAAUUAAAAGAAACUAAUCGUUGUGCAUGGGUUAAUCAUGCUACUAUAACACCCACAAAAAUCUAUUUUGAUGGUCCAGAAUAUGAAUCUUCAAAUCGUACUCUUCGACAAUAUCCAGAAUAUACUGAUAGAUUUAUUCGCGUUACGUUUAAAGAUGAAAAUUUUGAUAGAUUAUUUGUUAAUGAACAACAAUACAUGGAUAUAUGUGAUUCAAGGAUUAGUAAUAUAUUCAAUAAUGGCUUCACGAUCUCUGGACGCCAAUAUGAAUUUCUUGCUUUCUCGUCUUCGCAACUACGAGAAAAUUCAUGCUGGUUUGUAUCUACUGAUCAUGAGCUUAAUGCAAACAUGAUACGUGCAACUAUGGGUGACUUUAGUGAAAUUAAAGUUCCUGCAUUGUAUGCAGCUCGGAUGGGCCAAUGCUUUACUAGCACAAUUGGCACUUUGGAGCUAGAAGAGAAUCAGAUAAUAAGAAUUCCAGAUAUUGAACGAAAUAAUUAUAUAUUUAGUGAUGGUUGUGGGAAUAUCUCUCCAGGUCUUGCAAAACUUGCAGCUAGACAUUACUGGGGUACACGACAAAAUGAUGAAAUACCAUCUGUCUUUCAGUUUAGAUUCGGAGGUUGUAAGGGAGUUGUCUCGGUUAAUCCGGAUUUAGAUGGGAAUGUUAUAUGUUUACGCCCAAGUCAAACCAAAUUUGAAGCACCGAUCGCAACAAAUUUGGAAAUUGUAAAAGCGGUGAAAAAUCCGUUAGUUGCACAUCUAAAUAGGCAGAUAAUUACUGUAUUAUCUUCACUUGGCGUUCCCGAUGAUAUUUUUAUCAGACUUCAAAAUAAUGCAAAAGCGGAUAUUGAUUCUAUGAUGCGUAAUCCUCAAAAAGCCAGUGAAAUCGUGAAAAGAAGUUCGGGAACAAGAGAAUGUUCUCAUGUUACUCGCACUAUCCUCAGUAUGAUUGAAACGGGAUUAAUGGAAAGUAACGAACCAUACCUAAGGGGAAUUCUGGAAUGCAAGCGAAUAUUUGCAUUGAAAUACUUAAGAUACAAAGCGCGUAUCCCAGUACCACGGGGAUAUAUGUUAUUUGGUGUUCUUGAUGAAACUGGAAUUCUUGAACCAGAGCAAGUCUAUAUUCAGACAUCUACAAUAAUAUCUGACAAUAACACAUUUCGUACAGCUAACAAUAAAAUUCGAAGAGAACAUAAAGUGUUAACCGGUCCUGCAGUAAUUGCGCGAAACCCAAGUUUACACCCUGGUGAUAUAAGAACAGUUUGGGCUAUAGAUGUCCCAGAAUUAAGUCAUCUUAAAAACUGUGUCGUGUUCAGUCAGAAAGGAGAUCGACCAUUACCCAAUUUUUUGAGUGGCGAUGGUGAUGAAUUUUUUAUAUGUUUCGAUGAGCGUAUUUUUCCAAAGAUUGAACAUGACCCUAUGGACUACAGUCCUCCAGAGAGGAAGAAACUGGAUAGACCAGUGGUGAUUUCUGAUAUUCAUGAUUUCUUUAUAGAUUUCAUGAAAAAUGAUCGUAUUGGUAUGAUUGGAAGCUUACACCUUGCAUUAGCAGAUUUUCAUCCAGAGGGUAUAUUUCACCCACAAUGUCUGAAAUUAGCUGAACUGCAUUCAAAAGCGGUCGAUUUUAACAAGACAGGUGUUCCUGUUACGGAAUCGUUACCGACAACAAAUGAAUAUCCUGAUUUUAUGGAGAAUAAGACAAAGAAGGUAUAUGAAUCUCAAAAGAUUCUUGGCCAGCUAUAUAGGAAUAUAGAACUCGAUCAGCCGAGACAUGUCCCACUAUUAAAUUAUGAUACAAACGAUAAUAUUACUCCAAAAAGAAUGUUUCUCGCACAAGGAUACGAGGAUUACUUAGAAGAAGCUGAAGUGUGCCGAGACACAUAUAACAGUGAAAUACGUAGUUUGAUGAAAAAAUUUAGGGUUAAAACAGAACCCGAGAUCAUAACAUCAAACAUUCUUAGUUUUCAUCGAAUUGAUGGAAGAAAAACUCAAGACAUUCGAGAAUCAAUCUCUGGUACAAUUUCAUUCAUAAUUCAUAAAUUUCGAAAGCAUUUUUUAAUAGGGUUACAAGAUAACAUUGAUCAAUAUGUUGACAAUGAUACAUAUAAUGUAAAUAUUCCAAUCACUAACGAAACAAAAGCCAAGGCAUCGGCUUGGUAUUAUGUAACAUAUCAUGAAGAAGAAUUUCCAGAUGCUAUUGAUGAUAAGAGACUACUAAGUUUUGCCUGGACAGUUUCAGAUGUUCUUUUAAAAAUAAGAGAAGAAAAUAUGCGGAUUUAA